AUGCCUGGCUACUGGAAAACCCUGAAAAAAGACUGUAUAAAAUGCCACUGCAACGAAAUCGGUUCAAUAGACAGCAUUUGCAAUCAGGAAACUGGACAGUGUAACUGCAGACCUGGAGUCACUGCCCAAAAUUGCGAUCAGUGCCUUCCCGAUUACUAUGGAACUGUAGAAACUGGAUGCAUACAAUGUGAACCCUGCUAUAGAAAAGGGCACGUGUGUGGUAAAGGUGGCAAAUGUCUGUGUCCACCCCUAUCCAUCGGCAAAGAAUGUGAACGUUGUGCUUUGAACUCGUGGGGCUACGAACCUUUAAUAGGCUGCAAGGCUUGUAAUUGCUCCCAAUCCGGCUCCAAUUCCUUACAAUGCGACAAAAUUUCUGGAAAUUGUUCGUGUAAACUCGGCUAUGAAGAUACUAGAUGCGACAGGUGUGCUUUUGGAUAUUACGGAUAUCCAAAUUGCAGAAAAUGUUUAUGUCAUUCUAUCGGUACUCUGGAGAGUGAAUGUCAAAAUGGGGAUUGUCAAUGCAACGAGAAUGGUAGCUGCAAUUGUAAGGAAAACGUCAAAGGUUCAAAAUGUAACAUUUGCAAAAAUGGCACUUUUGGACUUUCCAAGGAAAACCUAAAAGGAUGCAAACAAUGCUUUUGUUUCGGAAGAAGUAACCAAUGCGUGGAUACAAAGUAUAAUUGGGACAAAAUCCGUUAUGAAAAAUUGGACAAUACCAUUGAGAAUAAUGAACCAAUCAGUUCUGACACAAUCAGCCUCCCAAAACAAUUCAUGGGCGAUCUUACCACAUCGUACGAUGGUUACCUAAGUGUUAACGGUUCUGGAGGACGGUUUAGUGUCUUUUUAACGGGUAACGGCGUGUCGCUCAAAUCUGAUAUCAGCUCCAAUGAAUUGAGACUGAACGAAAAACACUGGAGAGUCACUUCUGGAAAUAUUCUACCAAGCUGUCAAAUUUCGUUAACCAGAGAGUGUCUUUUGUUAGCAUUGCAAAAAAUUACUUCUAUAGUUAUCCAGGGACAAGAUAUGGAAAUCUUUGAAGUUCUUUUGGAUUCAGCUAAACCGUACAUCCCUUAUAACCGCACAAGUCACUCGAUAGAAAAGUGCGACUGUACUCCAGAAUUUACAGGAUUGUCAUGUCAGGAUCCAAAUAACGGCUAUUAUCGAUAUUUCCCGACGGAAUACGAAGUCACUCAAACCCCAUGGAUUGAUAAUGUAAUCGGUAUCGCCAAACCGUGCGAUUGUAAUGGAAGAAGCCGCGAUUGUGAUCCAGACACUGGAUAUUGUCAGAAUUGCUCAAACAACACUGCUGGUUUCCAUUGUGAACUUUGUGAUACUGGAUUUUACCAAGAUUUCACUGGCAAUUGUCAACCAUGUUUGUGUCCCUCAGAGCAGGAAAACAAUGCGGAAAGUUGCGUUGCCAAGAAGCACGGAUUUAUUUAUGGGCUUAGGACGAAAUUCAAAAUGCUCCAUAAUAAUUUCACUUACACAUUUGAUGGAGCUAAUAAGUUAUUAAAAAAAGGCAAUAUUGAUGAAAUGGAAAAUUCCAUAUUUAAUAUGGUAAAUAAAGUUGAAGAAUUUGAAAAAGAUAUUGAUGGAGGUUUUAAUGAAAUUAUCAAGCAACAGAAAGAAAUCGAUAUUUUUCGUGAUGAACUAAAAAGGUUACAUGAAGAUAUAAAUGACCUGAUUGACAGAUUAAGAAAUUUUGGCAAAAAGCAUGUUGAUAUUGAAGCAGCUGUAGGACAAGCUAAUAGCCUUCUUAAAGAAAUUAGAGAAAAUAUCCAACGGAAAGUCUUAGAAAUGGAAUACUAUAGCAACCCAAUAUUUGAUUAUUGCAAAAAAAUCAGCAAAGAAGUUUAUAGUUAUUUUGAUGAGCCACUAGAACUACCAUUUGAUGAUUUGGAUAAAAUCAACGAAAAACUAGAGGAAAUUGACUUGAUAACUAGAGAAAUAGAAGACAAAGUUGCUGUGGCUGAAUUUCAGAAUGAUCAAAACAGAAUCAACACAAAAACAUUGAGUCUAAACAUCAAAAAUCUUGACAAUACCACUAAUACUAUAAAAAACAACAUUAAAGAAACAACUGAUAAAAUAAAAUUAAUAAAUCAGAAAUUGAAAGAAUUCAAAGAAACUGUCGAAAGUAUGGAAAAUUUCGAUUUCAGUGACUCGCAGGAUUUGGAAGAAAAAUUGUAUCAGUUUGAAGAAGACAGUCCUGAUUUGGAGGAUUUAGUGCGUAGGGCAUGUGAACACGUUACAAGACUACAGAAAAGCGUGAAUGAUAGAAUCGGAGCCCUAAACUUUACAGAAGAUGAAACUAGAAAAAUUAAAACCAGCAGAGCUUAUAAUGACAUUUUAGAUGGUAUAGCCGUAGCCAAAAAUACUGCAGCUGACACCAAAGGUAUAUUAGAAGACGCUCUAAAUAUCAUGUAUCCUAGUGAUUCUGAUAGGUUGAUUGAUAAAGCAAAUUUAGCUCAUAGUCAGUCUGAUCGAUUAAAAUACCGUAUCACUAAUAUGAAGAAUAUUUCAAACUAUUUUAACUUGAAAAAACGUGAUGUAGAAGAUUUCAAAGAAGGCCUUAUAGAUAGUGGUCGUUUUAACAAUGAUCUCAACCGGCAGCUGCUCAAUUUGGAGGGGCAGAUUAUUUCCAAAGGCUAUUUGGUAGAUAAACUCCGUAAAGCCAUAGAGGAUAGUUCAAAGGUUAUAGACCAAAUGAGGCAACUAGAAAAAGAUAUUUCGGAAUUGAAUAUCACUGUGCGAUAUGACCUUUUCAACGAAAAGGAUGUUUAUUUGAUUGCAAGAAAUGAAGCUGAUAAUGAAAUCAGAAAAGCAAGAGAUUCAGUUAAUGAGGCCAUCAAAAAAGUGACACAAUUACUAGAAAACAAUAUGCAAAUCGAUGACAAUGGAAUUAAAUAUGGGCAAAUUAAGCUCAAUAAUGUAACAUCAAAAAUAGGAGAAUUGCAAAAUAAAAUUUUAUAUGCCAGACAAGCGGCUGAAUCGGUGAAUGUUGCUAUGGGUCUCUCCAACUGCUCCAUGCUUUACUCGGUGCCCCAAACCGAAGUCUUUAGAAGUCUUGCCAUAACAUUUAAAUGCGCAAAUUGUCAGUUAUUCAAAUGGGACAAUGGAGGCAUGACCAUAAGCAUUAGAAAUGGUAGUGCCAUUUUGAACUUUACCAGCGAAGAUCAGGAAGAGAACAUUAUUACUGUGCUUAGAGAGGGAGGACUGAAGAUUGAAAAGACCCUAUUUGUUGAAAGGACUGGUUCCCUGCUUCAAAUGAAAUUCGACAACGACACUAUUUGGCAAAAAAAAGGAAUCGGUAGCAGAGUCCUGGUGGUAGAUCCAAGUGAUCGCUUUCAAGUGGGAGACGGGUUUCCCACUCAAAAUAAUGCCUACAUUUAUAAAUUUGCUAUAAAUGAUAAAAAUGUUGGCUUGUGGAAAUUCGCACAGACUUUCGGAAAAUGCAAAGGACAAGCCAGAGUUAACAGCAAAGAGCUGGAUGGGGCCAGACCGUUUUACUCUGGAAACGGUUACACUAAAUACGGAUUGGGUCCACUUACGCCUGCAAGAUUUGCCAUGCGAUUCUAUUUUUCCACGUUUGACGAAAAUAGUUUGAUUUAUUUAGCACAAGAAACUGAUAAUCCAUCAGCUUUUAUUGCACUAACUUUAGAAGAUGGUCGUAUUCGUCUAGACGUAUGUCACAAUAAUGGGAAAACUGUUGUGUUAAAAACAUUGGACAAAUUCAAUGAUGGCAGAACGUACUUUGCUGAAAUCGCUAUGGAAUAUGCAAGAAAAAUACAAUAUUAUACUUUGGACACUGACAAAAAUAAACAAUCGACUAGAGAGCAGUUGGACAAUAAAGCUGUGUUUAGAAUCAAAAAAGCCAAACAUUUUCUGGGAGGCAUAGCCCCUUCAUUGGACCGAAAUUUACUAAAUAUAAAAACCACAUCGUUCCUUGGAUUCCUGAGUCACCAAGCCCAGCUUAGCAAUGAAUUGAUUGCAUCGGGAGUAACUCCAAAAACUGGAGAGCUUGAAUUGGAUAAAGCAUGGUUUAACGGUAACGGAUCCCUACAAGUCUCAAUGCCACUUUCACGAAUGAAGACGGGGCAAAAAUUGGAUGCAAUUUCUUUUAUUUUGAGACCAUUAAACGCCAACGCUGCAGUUCUGGAUAUUCAUGGUUUUGGAACGGUAAAGAUUAUUAUCAAUUUGUUCGUAACAAUUCUCUUUGAAUCUUCUUGGUAA